AUGACAAUUCUAACAAAUUUCAAAGGCAACAUGAGAAACCAAGAUCGACACCCAGCAGCCUGGGGAACGUAUGCUGGAUCCGCCGUGGAACGUAUGCUGGAUCCGCCCAUUGAUGAGAUUGUUUGUGCGCAUCCGAAAGUACUCUAUUACUUGGGCUUGGAAACUCGCGAUUUUAUGCAAGCUUAUCGCCAACAAUCACAAUGCAUACAAUCUGUUGUGAAAAUGUUGCAACAGUUGAAGGAGGAGAACUGGUGUCUUCCCAUAAUGUACCCAACCUGCUUGGAUUUGCGAAUAUUAGCGCAAAAAUGCGAAGAACUUGGCAGCAGCAGCAAGCCGGGGGAAAUUCUUGAGAAGGCCGCAGACUGCUUAAUGAGCUGUUUCCGUGUAUGUGCCGCAGAUAAUAGUUUCUCAUGGACCAAUCAGCACGCGGUCUAUGAAUAAGUCCAUCGUCAAUGGGAUUUAACGAUAAACAAUAUUCCGAGCUAAAAGAAACACGCCCACCGUUCAAUUGGAAACCCUUGUGCAGGGCAUGAGACAUCCAGUAUAGUACUUGGAAACGAUGCAAACUCAUUUGCAAGUUUGCUUUUUUGUAAUGUCGACUGAGUUGCUUUUUUC